AUGUCUUUAACAUCGGUUAAAGUACCAAAAUAUUUAGCUGUUUAUUAUGGAUGGCCAUCGUUAGUAGAAAAUAGUCAAGGUGAUGUAACAGCAGCUAGUAAUUGGUUUGGACAAUUUGAUUUAAUCGUUUUUGGUGAUGGAAUCUGGAAGACUACACAUGGUGAUCAUGUGAAAACAAAAGCUAUCAUGAAGAAUUUGAUUCGUCGUGGUAAAAAAGUAUUUGGAUAUGUUGAUCUCGGUGUUACUACACAAAACUUAAAUAUAAAACAAAUGCGACAAGCUGUUAAUGGUUGGUCAGCAAUGGGUGCUAGUGUAAGAAGAAUAUAA